AUGAAACGAUUGCGAGUGGACGAGAUAGUGAAGGACCAACAGCAGCAGCAGCAACCGCAGCCUUCCAACAACAGCACCGUCGACGCGGCCGCCCUGUUCCGCCAGUCCUUGAGCAGCGUCGUGUCGCCCCCCGGGCUGUCCUACGUCAACGCCAAGCCGGACGGCAUGCAGUCCGGCCUGUACCCGCCCGCGCCGCCCGUCUCGUACGGCGUGCUGGGCGUGGCAGGGGCGGGGCCUGGCGCGGGGCCGCCCUCGCACGCGGUUAAACAGGCGAUGCCGGUGUCGGUGGUCGCCGGCGGGCAUUCUCAAAUACGCACAGGCGGGGGCUCCCCACCUUCGGCCCCCCUGCAGGACCCCGCGGCGCCCCCCCAGCAGCAGCAGUCGCCCGGCAGCAACUUCCAGCGGCUCAAGGUGGAGGACGCGCUCUCCUACCUGGACCUGGUCAAGUACAAGUUCGGCUCCAAGCCGCAGGUCUACAACGACUUCUUGGACAUCAUGAAGGAGUUCAAGAGCCAGAGCAUCGACACGCCAGGCGUCAUACAGAGGGUGUCCAACCUGUUCAAAGGUUUCCCCGAGUUGAUCGUCGGCUUCAACACUUUCUUGCCUCCCGGCUACAAAAUCGAGGUGCAGCGUAACGAUCAGGGUUACGCUUUCCAAGUGUCCGUCAGCAUGCCCAGUCCUACGGGCACCAUCAGUUCUGGACCGCAAGAGCACAGGUCCGCGAUGAUCCUGAAAGGCUCCGGCACCAUAAACAUGUCGGGCCAGCACCAGCCGCCGCCUCCUCCCCCUCCCCAACCGGUGGUCCAGCAGCCUCUGCCGCCUCCGCCACCGCAACCUGUCGCCGUCACGCCCCCAGCCCUGCCCACGGCGCCGCAACCGCCGGCCGCGCAACAGGUGCAGCCGGCCUCGCACCACGCCCCCUCCCCUUUCGUGGGUGGGGUCGGCGGCGGCACGCCCACCUACGGCUCGCUGUCGCUGUCGGCGGCGCAGGCGGCGGUCACGCAUGCGAUGCAAGGGCAUACGGAUACGCCGCAGAAUCAGCCGGUCGAGUUCAAUCAUGCUAUUAAUUACGUCAACAAGAUCAAGAAUCGUUUUCAAGGUCAGCCCGAGAAAUACAAAAAGUUUCUCGAGAUCUUGCACACCUACCAGAAGGAGCAACGAACGCUGAAAGAAUCUUCUACGGUAGCAACGGGAAUGAAGCACCUCACAGAACAGGAGGUUUAUAGUCAGGUGGCGAAGUUAUUCGAAAAUCAGAGCGACUUGCUGGCCGAGUUCGGGCAAUUCCUGCCCGACGCUACCAGCCACAUCAACCAGGUGCCCCCCUUGGAGCACUCGAACAGCGGCAGCGCCAAAAAGCCGCUGCAGAAGCCCUAUCACAGGGACGCGUUGGACAGGCACCACAGCACCAGUCACAAAAUCGGUCACGUUUCUGGUCAGGUGAAGAGGUCGCCCCCAUAUUCGAGCUAUCAGCACAGGGAUGCCCCUCCACCCAAAAAGCACAAACUGUCUUCGAGCUGUCGAGAUGUGAGCCUCAGCGAGGCGGGAAAGUACGGAACGUUGAACGACUAUGCGUUUUUCGAUAAGGUCCGGAAGGCCGUCCGCUCCCAAGAGGUCUACAACAACUUUCUGCGCUGCCUCACCCUCUUCAACCAGGAGAUCGUUUCCAAGUCGGAGUUGGUCCAGAUCGUGACGCCGUUCCUGGGCAAGGUGCCGGAGCUGCUGCGCUGGUUCCGGGACUUUUUGGGCCCCAACGGCGAGACCGCGGAACCGGUGCCGUUUAACGUGGCGAGGAAUGAGAGGCCGCAGGGCGAUCAGGCGCUGGAGAUCGAUCUGGCGACGGCGAAGCGGUUGGGGGCCAGUUAUUGCAUCAUACCGAAAGCGCAAGAGGGCCUGAAGUGCUCCGGCCGCACCCAACUCUGCAAAGAGGUCCUCAACGAUCAGUGGGUGUCCUUCCCCACGUGGUCCGAGGACAGCACGUUCGUCAGCUCCCGGAAAACGCAAUACGAGGAGUACAUGUACCGGUGCGAGGACGAACGCUUCGAACUGGACGUAGUCAUCGAGGUGAACGCGGCGACGAUCCGCACGCUGGAGGGGGUGAGCAAGAAGCUGAGCAGGAUGGGGCAGGACGAUGCCGGGCGGUACAAGUUGGACGACUGCUUGGGCGGCACGUCGCCCACGCUGCACCAGCGGGCGAUCAAGCGGAUUUACGGGGAUAAGGCUCAAGACAUAAUCGACGGACUGAAGAAGAGCCCCGCGGUCGCCGUCCCCGUCGUCCUGAGGCGGCUGAAGGUGAAAGAGGAGGAGUGGCGGGAGGCGCAGAAGGGCUUCAACAAGAUAUGGCGGGACCAGAACGAGAAGUACUACCUGAAGAGUCUCGACCACCAAGGGAUCAACUUCAAGCAGACCGACGUCAAGGCGUUGCGGUCGAAGAGUCUCUUCAACGAGAUCGAGACGAUUUUCGAUGAGAGGCACGAGCAGAACGAAGAUGGCGCCGAGCACGCGACCGGCCCUCACCUCGUGCUGCCCUAUAAGGACCGCACUGUGCUGGACGAUGCCACCAACCUGCUCAUCCACCACCUGAAGCGGCAGACGGGCGUGCAGAAGGGAGAGAAGCGGCGGAUCAAGCACCUGUUGAGGCAGUUCGUGCCCGAUCUGUUUUUCCAUCCGAGGCAGCAGCUCAGCGACGACGAAAGAGAGGAUGACGAUGAUAAAGAUGAAUGUGAUGACAGUCCCAAUAGUUCCCCUAAAUCGGACAAAGAAAAUAAGGGCAAGGGUAAUUCUAGUCCCGGCAAAUCUCCCGCAGGUGGAGACAGGAGUCCGUUCGACGUAAAAUCGGACCCAGAGGUCAAAGAAGAGGAACAAAAAUUGCCCCCUCACGCACAAACUACUGAUCCAGAGGAGGCGUAUACUUUAUUGAUGGCCAACAACAAUUGGUACAUCUUUUUGAGGUUGCACGCGAUUUUGUGCGAGCGUCUGGCGAAAAUCUAUGAGAGGGCCGUAGUGAUGGCCACGGAAGAAGUCAAGUACAGGUCCAACAGGAAGGAUAGUACGGCAAUUGUCUUAAGGCUGAAACCCAAACCACAGAUCGAGAUCGAAGACUACUACCCCGCCUUCCUCGACAUGGUCAAGAACCUGCUGGACGGCAACAUGGACGCCAACGCGUACGAGGACACGCUGCGCGAGAUGUUCGGCAUCCACGCCUACGUCGCCUUCACCUUGGACAAGGUCGUCUCUUAUGCCGUCAGGCAGCUGCAACACUGCGUCACCGAGCGGACGGCCGUAGCGUGUUCGGAGCUGUUUUUGCGCGAGCAGAAGCGGGGCGCGGCGGGGGGGCAGUGCGCCACCGCCCACAAGAGGGUCCACCUCGAGCUGGCCUACCAACGGGCUGCCGAGAAGGCCGUCCAAGAGGAGAACUGCUUCAAGAUGUUCGUGUACAAGCGCGACUGUCGACUCACGAUCGAGCUGCUCGAUACCGAGCCCGAGGACGGCAAAAAAGUCGACGAGGCGAAGAAGUGGAGCGAGUACAAGGAGCGCUACGCCGAUCUGACGGCGGGCGGCGAGUCGAAGCCGAGGUCGCCGGUGUAUUUGGACAGGAAUUUGCGGUUGUACCAGCGGCGGGUGAGCGGGCUGAGCAGCAAGGCGGCGAGAAGGGGGGGUGGUGGAAGAGGUCGGCAGGCGAGUAGGGCGCAGGACGACGAGGGAGACAAAUCGGGCGACGACGUCCCCUCCUCGACCACCGAGGGCGACAACAACGGCAAACCGUCGAUGGACUCGAGCUUCGACAUCCUCCAAGCCAUCGAGAAGAAGCUGAACGAGCGCGCCGUAGGGCUGCCGGAGCGCCAGCACUCGGAGCGGCCGGGCUACGCGGUGGACGACGACCAGCAGUGCAAGUUCAACAUGCAGGACUCGAAGAUCAUGUUCACCGUGACCAAGGACAGCUAUCUGUACAACAUUAGUGCCUUCCAUAGAGCUAGAAAGUCCCACCCGUCGGUGACGAAACACAAAUCGUGCCGCUUCCGCCAAUGGCUGCGCCGCUGGGGCGAGCGCCACAUCUCCGACGCCCAAUCGAAGCGGUGCGUCGACUGGCUGAUGGGCCGCGGCGCCGACGUCAUACCCAAUAGGACGCGUGUACUCGCCGACAACGAUCUAGCGCGCACCCCCUACGCGCCGUACAACAGGUAUCGCGUCGACAGACUGAACGAGGGAAGCGGAGUGGGCGGUACGGGGGCGGGGCUCGGGGUACUAGGGGCGGGGCCAGGAAGCGUGGGGGCGGGGUCGAGUACGGGGUCGGGCAGCAGCGAGAGUGAAGGCGGGGCGGCGAUGGCGUGAGACGGGUGGACGCUGCCGCCGUGAAAGCGACGAGUCAGGCAGUGAAGCGGGGUGUAGGGUGGAUCUAUCGUUGAUUGGCAGGCGGUGUCGAGUUGUGGGUUGUAAUCAGAGUCAUUCAGUGUCUAUUUAGACUACCCAGUCUUUGUUUUAAUUUUAUCUCUUUUUGUCUCAGUCCUAAAACGUGACCUUG